GCUAAAGAUGUGAAAAUGGCGGAGCUGCAGAUGCUUUUGGAAGAGGAGAUCCCGGCGGGACGCAGCGCAUUAUUGGACAGUUUCACCAAUUUGGAGAGAGUCGCGGAGUACUGCGAAAGCAACUAUGUCCAGUCACCAGACAAGCAAAGAGCGCUGGAGGAGACCAAAAACUACACUACCCAGUCUCUGGCCAGCGUAGCCUACCUGAUCAACACACUUGCUAACAAUGUCCUCCAGAUGCUGGACAUUCAGGCCUCCCAGCUCCGCCGCAUGGAGUCCUCUAUCAACCACAUCUCACAGACAGUGGACAUCCACAAAGAGAAGGUGGCCCGGCGGGAGAUUGGCAUCCUCACCACUAAUAAGAACACCUCUCGCACGCACAAGAUCAUUGCUCCAGCCAAUCCCGAGAGGCCUGUGCGCUACAUCCGCAAGCCCAUCGACUACAGCUUACUGGAUGACAUGGGACACGGAGUCAAGGCCAGUGCCCAGAACAUGAAGGCAGGAGGAGUGGGCGGGCUCCCUCGCACUAACCCCCCCACACAGAAGCCCCCCAGCCCCCCCAUGACAGGGAAGGGGACCCUUGGGCGCCACUCCCCCUAUAGGACGCUCGAGCCAGUGCGUCCGCCCGUUGUCCCUAACGACUACGUCUCGAGUCCGACGCGCAACAUGGCGCUCCCCCAGCAGAGCCCUGCACGCACUGCGUCUGUUAAUCAGAGGAACCGCACGUACAGCAGUGGCAGCAGUGGAGGCAGCCACCCAAGCAGCAGUCGCAGCAGCAGCCGAGAGAACAGUGGCAGUGGCAGUGUGGGCGUGCCUAUCGCCGUGCCGACCCCAGCCCCGCCCACUGUCUUCCCAGGUGCUCCUCAGUUCUACAGCAUGAACCGCCCAGUGCAGCAGGCCCAGAACCCACCAAUAGGGGGCUCUCUGCCCUACCGUCGGCCCUCGUCGGUCACCGGCCAGCCCAACAUGCCCCAGAAUCAGCUCAACGGUGGACCCCAUUUCAACCAGAACCAAGCAGGUCCACUCGCGCCCCCUCCCCCCUCCAUGCAGAUCACGCCCCAGCUGCCUCUGAUGGGCUUUGUGGCCCGAGUUCAGGAGACCAUUUCGGACGCACCCCCUCCCCCUCCACCUGCUGAGGAGCCUGUAUUUGAGGAGCCCACACCUCCUCCUCCGCCUCCUGAGGACUAUGAGGAUGAAGAUGAUGAAGAGGAGUCAGCUGUAGUGGAGUACAGUGACCCAUACGCAGAGGAGGACCCCCCCUGGGCCCCGCGCUCCUACCUGGAGAAAGUGGUUGCCAUCUAUGACUACAUGCGAGACAAGGAGGAUGAGCUGUCGUUCCAGGAGGGUGCCAUCAUCUACGUGAUCAAGAAGAACGACGACGGCUGGUACGAGGGCGUGAUGAGCGGGACCACGGGCCUCUUCCCUGGCAACUAUGUUGAGUCCAUCAUGCACUACGCCGACUGAAAACCCUGCCCCCACCCCGAGAGAGGAGGAGGAGGAGGAGGAGGUGGAGGUGGGAAAGGGUCGGGAGGGGAGGGGGAAACCAAGGGUGAAAGGGUAAAGGUCAAAGACUUUGGUCAGACAGAGCAUGAUCACUCUGGGCAGAGAUUGCCGUGAGGUUGGAAGAGGAGGAAGAGGUUUUGAAACGUUCCCAAAUGGCAAACGGGACGCCCUGUCAUACUCUCGACAUAGUUGCCAUUGUACAACAACCACUACCCUAGAUAUAUCCCCCCGUCAUGUUUCUUUCUUUUACUUCAUUUUACACUACAGAGGACUGGACAUACUGUAUUCUGGGAGAUUUGGUUUAACCGUUGAUCUAUGGCCACAAGAUUUGUUGUGCAUUGUUUCUUCUUUAUCCUUUUGUUUAACCGGUUUGAUCUGAUUAAACUAAACUGUAUUUAUUUUUGGAUUUUGUAGUGGGAUAUAUGGUGAGCUGGUAGACGAGGCCAUUGGGAGUACUGAAGUAUAGUUUUUCCACUCUCAACCCUGAAAAAAAAAAAGGGAGGAAAACACAUUCUCUUGUAUAGUUCCUCCUAAUAAUCCAGAGAUGUUUUAGUCACAGAUUAAAUAUAUAGCGAUGGUAUGGCUUACUAAGAUGAUAUCCUCUGCUAGCACGAGGCGAUGACAGUUAUUUCCGUACCUGUCAAACCCAAGUCACCAUUUUGGUUCGAUAGCUCAGCUGGGAGUGUGCCAAAGCUGACAUUCACUACAAUAAGCACAUACACGUCUUAAAGGUGACACACAUAAGCUAGGCUCAAAGUUGGUUAUGGAUGUCUCGGUGUGUGGGCGCGCGCGCGUGUGUGUAUGUAUGUAUGUAUGUAUGUAUAU